UUACUUCACACGCGUACGGUGUUGUCUGGGUUUGGGAAUAAGUUCCUUCAAAACAAUUUAUAUAAUUUAAACGCGAAAGAAUAUGGCUCCUAGUAAAUUAGAUAGUAUAUAUCGUCGAAUGUUGAUUACCAGAUUCUUUGAAAGAGGAUGGGGUAAACCUGAGAACUUGCAAAAACUGUUUCAAUUACGGAAGAUUAUUUCGCAUCGAAAUACGUGUUUUCCUUUAGUACCUAAAGAUUACCCUGUGCAAAUCCUGAAUGAACAUAGAUCCCCUGACUGCAUAGUAUUGGAGGGAAAUUUCCUUACGCCUUUAGAACUUCAUCUACCAGGUAUAGUACCUAAGGCGGCUCAAACUGCUCAUUUCCAGGUUGUUUUACCCAAUAAAUGGAAGGAUAGACACCAUCCUAUGUGCAUUCAUUUAGCAGGAACUGGGGAUCAUUUCUUUUGGAGACGUCGUAAUUUAAUUGCAAAACCUCUGUUAAGGGAUGGCAACAUUGGUUCGAUUAUACUGGAAAAUCCAUUUUAUGGAUCACGUAAACCUGACAAUCAAGUACGUUCAAACCUUCAUAAUGUUUCGGAUAUAUUUGUAAUGGGAGGUUGUCUCAUACUAGAAUGCCUGGUCUUAUUGCAUUGGUGUGAACGGAAUGGUUUCGGUCCCUUAGGAAUUACUGGUUUGUCAAUGGGUGGUCACAUGGCGUCUUUAGCUGCUACUAAUUGGCCGAAACCGCUGGUACUAGUGCCUUGCCUCUCUUGGUCUACAGCUGCGACUGUUUUUACAACAGGUGUUAUGAGUCAAUCGAUUAAUUGGGAUAUGCUGGAAACUCAAUACUAUUCUGAUGGCAAAUACAGUGAACGACUAUCCAAAAUGGUUACUGUCAUCGAUGAUGCUUUUAUGGCAGGACAAAAAUUUAUACGUAAUUUUAACCAAUCAUUGAUUGAACUGGAAAAGGAUAUAAAAAAUUCGAAAAUCAACAAAUUACCAGGACCAGAUGAUGUGAUUGAAGAUAAACACUCUUUAACUAGAUUAAUGAAUUUUAUACUUCCAAAUAAAAGUAAAGAAAAUAAAAUAAAUAUAACAAAAAUAAAUUGGUGGGAACGAGAGGCGUUACAAUUUAUGAGAGGUAUGAUGGAUGAGUGCACUCAUCUUAAGAAUUUUUCCGUUCCAAAAGACACUUCUUUAAUAAUUGCUGUUUGUGCUAAGGAUGAUGCAUAUGUGCCAAGAGAAGGUUGUACGGGCUUGGAAGAUAUUUGGCCGGGUGUAGAAGUUCGUUAUUUAGAUGCCGGUCACGUGAGCGCGUAUGUUUUACAUCAAAAACUGUUUAGAUCGUGUAUUAUUGAAGCGUUUGAAAGAGCUAAAAAAUUGGACACACAAGGUUUAAAUAAAGAACAAACAGCUAGUGAAUUGACGUAUCAUCAACUUUUGGAAAAAUAUGUUAACACAUUGUAAUGGCGCAACAUUUAACCAUUAUAAAGUGCGAUUAUUUUUUAAGGGCUAGUUUUUAGGAUGUAGUUCAACUAAUUUCGUUAGUCAAAUUUAGUUUAAACUUGAAAUGUUGUUUUUCAUACAUAGUUCCAUUUAGUUAAUAAUCUGGUAUUAACCAAGCUGCAUUGCCGGCUUAGUUAAGUAAAAACCAGUAAGCUAAGUAAUAGUUUUAAUAAUUUACUCCAAAAACUUUUAUAGAAAAAAAUAUUCGAACAGAUAUUUUUUUGAAAAUAUUUAAGUUUUUAAAAAUUGCUUUAACAAUAUUAUCCUGGAAAUUAUAUGUUCUCAUUAGCGAAUACAUAAUUAUCCAAUUUUUCAAUUUGUCUAUAUUCGACAAAUAUUUAUCAUAACAAUUAAUGACAAAGUUGUCUGAGCUAAAGCACUAACAAAUAAUAACACCUGAUAAAUUUGUCUCUUGACAACGAUUUUGAAGUUUAUCAUAACAAAAAUUUAUCAAUUAUAGACAUAGGGUUCAAAAGUUGACUUUUCCUAUAAUUAAUUUAAUUCUAUCAGUUAGUCUUUACAAGAUUUAUUAAAUAUUUAAUAAUUUCUUGUUUUGUGUGUAAUUUAUCUCUACUUCUGAAAAAAAGGACCACAACAUUUUAAACAAAGUGUUUGACAUAGAUUUCGGUACAACCCCUGUUUAUGCAGCAACCUUGACUUUUUUAGUGACACAAGCGGAGGAAAUACUGAUUUCGUUUGUAAAUAAUUUUUUAUUUUCUUUUUAAAUAUGUUUUUAAUUCUUUAACUAUUUCACUACAAUUUCAGAAUUAUUUUAUGACAAGCUAGUAAAACUGGCACUAUUUGAAUUGAAAAAACGUAAUCGUUUGUUAAAUCCAGUAGAAAAUUGUCUCAUGUUUAAUAUAACAGCAUGCUAAACCAUGUUUAACUAACAAUUAAGAAACUAGCCCUAAAUAUUUAUUUAUUUACAUAUGUAAUAUGUAUUUUAUAUACUGAGUUUAAAUGUUUGUUAAUAAAUUCUCAAAAACGAUGUAAUUUUUUCUAAAAA